GAAUAUCCAAUUCAAACAACAGCAUAUAUAAACCCCUCUAACACAGAUUUUUUGAAAUCCUGAAAGUAGUCCUUGAAGCUGAUGAAAACUCAAGUGAAAAAGGCCUAAACCUGAAAAAAUUCAGCUAAAAUCUAAUUUAGAAAUUUUCAAACCAUUUUUAUAGUCUUGUGGUAAACCCAACAAGCCAAAGAAAAUUUCCAAACAGACAGCUCGGGUUGAUUUCUGGAAGCUGAAGAAAACUCGAGGGUAAGAUUGGUCUAAGAUAUCUUUAGUGGAACCCCAGAUAGAAGAUUUCUCCUCUUUCGAAUUUUGUACCUCUGGGGAGAUUCAAGCUUGCCAAUUCAUCAGGUGGUGACUAGAUUUCAGUUGAUGGAAAUAAAACUCUGUAUUAAUUCAAUCACAUGGUAAAUAUAAUUCCCAUGCAGAAGGAUUAUCUUAUACAUCAAAUAAGAUAAUCAUCAUCAAAUAGGCUCCUGAGUCAUCAUCUUUAAGAGGAGCUGCCAUUGGGUGCCUUCGGUUUUAUCAUCAUCUUUAAAACUCAGAGUCUCAGACAAUCACCACCUUUACUGGGUCAUCCUUGAUCACAAAAACGGUGCAUACGAGGCUGUUUAUUAGCUUGUUUCUUCAGUUAGCUCCGAGCAGAUCCCUUGUACGGUCCACCAAAAUCCUUCCUCGGAAACAUUGAGAUUGUUCUAAGCGGUGGGCUAGAUUUGUACGGCAUGCAAACUGCCAGCAUUUCCGAUUCUUAAGUGGAACCCAAUUUUAGCUGGACAUGUAUGGCAGUUAACUUCCACUUCCAUGUUCAGAGAAAUGUGGGAGGAGAAGAUGACUGUCGGUUUACAGACGCAUCUGGAGCUAUGUAGAUGGUUACAAGAAAACUUGAUAGCGAAAACCCUUAAUUAGGGUUUGUCCGAACAUGUAUCACUUCUCUUAGAUUUGAUCUUGAUCUUGAUUCUAGCACUCCAUGUAACUUUAGGUCAUAUUUCUGUUCUUGAUUAUAUAUUUGGGCGGUGUGUCAGAUCACCGGUUUAAUUUAAGGAAAAGGGGAAACCUGAAGAACAGAGGAGAAGGCGGUCAGUAGUGGGUUGACACUUUUACACCAUUGGCGGAGGAAUUGGGUGUAAGGGUUUUUAGAAUCUUGGACAGCCAUUUGUCACGCAUAAUUCCAAGGCAUUUAUUACAAUGUCAAAUAUUCCGUGGGCAGCAAAUUGUGCAGACGCAUCUGAUGCUUCUUUCAUUAAUUCCGGCAGCGCUAAUUCUGCCGAUAUUUCUUCUGAGAUGGACGGCUGGAUAAGAGAUGAGCCGUUCCCGGACUACAUAGAGGACAAUGGGAAAUUGGUCACUGACCUUCCAGACAAGAAGAUAGAGUAUGCCUCCAUUAAUACCAAUGCACUUCCUCCUGAAGUGGGGAUACACCCUGUUGAAGAGACUUUGCAUGUAGGCUACCCAGGGCUCAGUAUAAAUAUGCAGAUUCAGCAGAAUUCUUGCAGCUUGGACCAGCUUGCUCAUGAGUGGCUCAACUUAAAUGGGUUUCUUGUCGACAUGUCUGAAACCCGAAGGGUUUUCAGUUGGAUGGACAUGAAUUAUGUGAGAUGGCGGGUCAAUGAUUUGGGGGGAGGGAUAAGGGGAAUUGUGAGGUUCUUGGGGUAUGAGUUUAUUCCAGGCUUAUUUAAUGGUACUGUCGAUCCUGUCUUGGUGGAGUUCUGUGUUGAUAAUCUGCUCGGAGGAAUUGGAAUAUCAGAGGCCUCCGACAAAAUCUUAGAAUCCAUGGAUGCCCUCAUCAAAGAUCAAGGCACCUUAUCCACCUUUUUACUCUGCCCUACCACUUCUCAAUACCUCUCCUCCUCCUACGUCAUUCACGCAGCUUCUCUACUUCAGAGAGCAUUUGAUCCAACCCCCGAGGCAGCAGAGACAAGUAACUUGAUUGUUCUUACCAAGGCAGCUCGCAAUCACAGGCAUGGUAUUUCCAAAAUGAAGCAAUCCAAGAUGAAGCUGCAGUCAAAGAUGGCAAGUGUUUCAACUUCUAAGAAAGAACCAAAAAGAGUUCACACCAGUGUUCCAAGUCGGCAGAAGAUUCAGCAUACCACAAUCCCCAUGAAGGUUGAUAACUCCAACAAGAUUUUAACACUCCUCUUGCAAAAAGAACUGAAAAAGAGUGAUGUGAGCCCCCUUGGAAGGAUGGUGCUUCCCAAGAAAGAAGCAGAAGCAAACCUCCCAGUGCUGUCUGCAAAAGACGGCAUGAUAAUUGAAAUGGAGGAUUUUGAUACGUCCAACAUUUGGCGUCUACGAUACAGAUUUUGGCCUAACAACAAGACCAGAAUGUAUGUUCUAGAAAACACAAGGGAGUUUGUUAAAUUGCAUGGCCUGGAAGUUGGAGAUUACAUGAUGAUUUUCAAAGAUGAGAAAGACAAAAAGGUGAUUAAAGCCACAAAAGUGGUAAAGGCGGCGCCCUUAGCGACAAAGAGAGAAUGCGAGGCAGCCAAUGAUAAUGGAAAUAAUGAUACUCUCCCCACUAACGCUGACGCCAAGGCCACAGAUAGCAACAAAAUCGAAACAAAAGCUGAAAUUGAUGAUAUUUUCAGCGGAUUACAAAUUAUGGAGGAUUUGGACAUUGACCACAUUGAGUUUCGAUGAAGAAACAAGACCAUUCAAUUUCUAAGGACAAAAAGGCUAUUAAAAUUCUACUAGCCUCGUUAAAUUACAAAAUGGCGAUUCAGAAUGAGCGAAGCCAAAAAUUUUUACAAGAAUUUGGUGAUAUUUACCAGGAUUUUUUUACUGACAUUUGUAUGGACGGAUAAAUUAAUUUAUAAUGAUAGAUAACUGUUAUAGAGUAUCAUUGCUCUAAUUUAAA